CCAACCUCUUCACCCUUCCUACCCCCCUUCACCACCGCCCACAAACGCGUCUACUCCGGACGCGCGCCUGCCCUAUUGUUAUCGCGCGUUCUCAAAGCGUCACAAUGGUCGUCUAGCGCACCUGCCCGAUCUGACGACGGCAGCAGCGGUAGCACAGCAGCCACGACCGACAGCCCCCAACCUACGCCCUGCAUACAAUCACGACUCCAAACACUCUCCGCACGCGGCAUAUCUCGAAUAGAUGCGCAGAAAUUAAUGCGGAAUUCCACCGUCUUGAUCAAGCUGCAAGGACUCUUGUAGUACUAGACGCGCCGGGUCCCUGAAAGCCGUCAGGCGCCUUGCGUUCGACAUUGAACCUCCCUCGCGACACACGGCUGUCACUGCCUGUUGCUGUCCACCCCACAAUACCCACCGCGCUCCUUCACCAUGGCUUACAGCACGCUAAACAACGAGCCAAGCUCGCCCUUGACCGAGAUUUCGGAUUCAGAUCUCUCUAUCCUUUCUCGGUCGCCCACUCCACCGCCUGAGCUUAGCAAAUCCUUCGCUCAACGUCGCGCAUACAUGUCCCCAUCCUCCUCGCGACGCUCCUCUGCCAAGACGUCACCCGCGCCAGAAGACAUGCCUUCUCCCCCCUCCAGCAACGACGACAACCCACGUCCAGUAAAGAGGAGGAAGACGGCAGAGCCCAAGGAGCGCACGGCAGAAUACCUUGACCUUUCCAGGUCAGACGUCGAAGAAGACGAGCUACCACAGCUGCAACGCCUGCUGAGCGUUCUGCACAAGAAGCGCAAGAUUGUGGUUAUAGCAGGUGCAGGCAUCUCGGUUUCGGCAGGCAUUCCCGAUUUUCGAUCAGCUACUGGCCUAUUCAACACGCUCAAGAAGGAGCACAAGCUCAAGUCCUCCGGAAAGGACCUCUUCGACGCGUCUGUAUACCAAGAUGACACGUCCACGUCGACAUUCCACGACAUGGUGCGCACGCUAUCCCAGCACACAAAAUCAGCGCAGCCCACCGCCUUCCACCAUCUUCUCGCAACCCUAGCUCAGGAAGGGCGCCUCAUGCGGCUUUACACCCAGAACGUCGAUGGCAUAGAUACCUCACUACCUCCUCUGAGCACAACGGUGCCUUUGCCUAAGAAGGGACCUUGGCCUAAGACUGUCCAAGUGCAUGGUGGUUUGGAUUACAUGGUGUGCUCCAAGUGUCAAAAGGUGGAGCCUUUCGACGCCGAGCAGUUCAACGGGCCUAGCCCACCUCCCUGCCCAAGCUGUGUAGAGAACGAUGAGAUCCGCCAAGUCGCAGACAAGCGCAGCCACGGCAUUGGCCGGCUGCGUCCUCGUAUGGUUCUCUACAACGAACACAAUCCUGACGAUGAGUCGAUUGGUUCUUGUGCAUCCUAUGACAUGCGCAUGAGGCCAGACGCUGUUAUCGUGGCUGGAACCACGUUGAAGGUCCCCGGUGUGCGGCGCAUAGCUCGCGAGAUGUGCAACAUCGUUCGCGACCGAAAGGAUGGAGUCACCGUCUGGUUGAAUAACGACCCCGAGCCGAUGGGUAAAGAUCUCGAGGACAAGUGGGACCUAGUAGUCAAAGGUCCUUGCGAUGAAGUCGCGCGCCAUGCCAACAUGCGACGAUGGGACGACCCAAUGAACUACAAGACGGUCACAGAAGAGGAUCUCAACAAAGUUAGGGAGAAGCAAAGAGCAGAGGUCAUCAUCGGAACUCCUCGAAAACCUGGUGUCCUACGCAAUGCAGGCCAGCUCACACCUGGGCAAAGUCCCCGCAUAUUACCACUAUCGUUUGACAAAGCGGAACCAGACACACCGUCCAAGAAAGGCACGAAGAGGAAAGCAGACGGGCAGAUGGAUCUGUUCGGCAAGCCCGCAACCAGAGCACCUGCAAGGAAGCCGAAAGCACAGCCAAAGAAGGCAACAGCAGCGAGCAAGACCAAGGCAAAGAAGGAGCCUAAGAAAGAGGCUCCCGCCAUCAAUAAUGUCUUCAAGGCUACCAAAGGCGGCGCCAAACCUACAGGCAAGCCUCUGGCCAAAGCAUCCGAUCCGGCCCUUACCAUUAUCGAGUCAAAGUUCAACGAGCAAACUCAGCUCAACCCGAAGGAUGAUGCCAGCGACGUGAUUCACAUCGAGAAGCGACGGACUCCAUCGACCCCCAGGAAGCCAGCAAGAUUGACCAGGAUAAAGUCAGACUUUGUGUUCCAGCCUGUUUCGAGUGCAGACAGCCGCAACAACCAUUCACCGAAGCGACCACCAAUGGAAGGCUUCACACCUACAAAGGAUCGUACACCUAGUGCUCAAAUUCAGGAAGAAAUGGCGUACGCGUAUGCGACGUCGUCUACGAGCGAUUCUCGUCCUUCAUCUUCCGGCAGCGCACAGCGGCACAUCAUCCAGAGCCCAACUGGCCCGGUGCCCAAAAACAUGAAUCACCUUCUCUGCUAGCGAACUGCAUUUCUCGGCGUUGGCCGGCUUUCUUUUUUCAGACAGACGCCGUAUCUAUGUGCGCGGUGCAUUGCAUGAGAGGCGUUUGUGGGUUUCCAAGUGUACAGUUGAGGUGUCAGUUGUACCAGUACUUUUCUCAUUGUUGGACAUGCAUAUCUUACCUUUUGGCUGCAUGAUACCCAGAGGAACCCCUGGUAGAGGCAGAUCGGACGCUUUGGGGUCCUUUUUCGACGCAGUGUAGUGGUUCCGAUGAUAGUUGAAGGCUUAGGCCUCUGUUGAUAUUCGUGACAAAUGCGAGAUAUUUACUACUA